CGAGCGAUUGUCCAGCAAACGCUCUGCUGCUAGUAGGAGGUACUACCGACAUUUCGUGUCUGACAGCCGGCCGGAGACAGCUCCCCUUCGGAAACAUUUCCAUACGGCUGCCGACCACGGUCCGGUGUCGCUGUUCGCCGUCCAGGCAAAGCAAUAAAGGGAAGAAAAAAAGAUAGCAAGCCAUCGGCUCCGGUUCGCACCGCAGCGGUAGCCAGAGCUGAGGGGAAGCAGAGCAGACCCAGCCCUCCCUGAUCGGAGAGGAAAUCACGACCACAGUUCCAGCCACACAGACUGCCUUCGCCUCCGUCAUGCAGACCUCCGUCCUUCUCCUCCUCUCCCAAAUCCUUCUCCUGUCUCUCCUAAUCCCCACCUGCUCCUCCCAGAGCGAGUUGGACCUCGUUGUUCAGACGCGUACAGGUCGAGUCCGAGGCACCCGCAUGGCGGUGCCGGACCGGAGCUACGUCACCUCCUUCCUGGGCAUCCCCUUCGCCGAGCCACCGGUAGGGAAGCGGCGUUUCCGUCGUGCUGAGCCCAAGCGCCCAUGGACGGGGGUGUACGAGGCCAAAGCCUACUCCAACGCCUGCUACCAGUUUGUGGACACGUCGUACCCCGGCUUCCAGGGCAGCGAGAUGUGGAACCCAAAAGGAGAAAUGAGCGAGGACUGCCUGUACCUCAAUGUCUGGGUGCCCUCCUCGGUCAGACCACACAAUCUCACCGUCAUGGUGUGGAUCUACGGCGGAGGGUUCUACAGUGGUUCUUCUUCUCUGGACGUGUAUGAUGGCCGCUACCUAGCUCACAGUGAGACGGUCAUUGUGGUCUCAAUGAACUACCGGAUCGGUGCCUUCGGCUUCCUCGCUCUGCAUGGCUCCUCAGAGGCUCCCGGCAACGUGGGUCUGCUGGACCAGAGGAUGGCGCUGCAGUGGGUCCAAGACAACAUCCAUUUCUUUGGUGGAAACCCCAAACAGGUGACUAUCUUUGGUGAGAGUGCUGGUGGUGCUUCAGUAGGAUUCCACCUCUUGUCUCCAGACAGCCGGCCCACCUUCACCAGGGCCAUCCUCCAGAGUGGGGUCCCCAACUGUCCCUGGGCCUCGGUCACCCCCGCUGAGGCGCGCAGACGGGCCACGCUGCUGGGCAAACUGGUCGGCUGCAACGGAGGCAACGACACCGAGCUGGUUGACUGUCUGCGCGGUAAAGCCCCACAGGAGCUCAUCGACCAGGAGUGGCAGGUCCUGCCGUGGUCAGCCCUCUUCCGGUUCUCGUUUGUCCCCGUCGUGGACGGCGAGGUUCUGCCCGACUCUCCCGAGGCCAUGCUCACCUCGGGCAACUUCAAAGACACUCAGAUCCUGCUCGGGGUCAACCAGGACGAGGGCUCCUACUUCCUGCUGUACGGAGCUCCGGGCUUCAGCAAGGACAACGAGAGCCUGAUCUCCAGAGAGGACUUCCUGGAAGGUGUCAAGCUGAGCGUUCCACACGCUAACGACAUUGGCCUGGAGGCGGUGGUGCUGCAGUACACCGACUGGAUGGACGAGAAUAAUGGGUUGAAGAACCGCGACGCCAUGGACGACGUCGUGGGAGACCACAACGUUAUUUGCCCGCUUGCCCACUUCGCUCGCUCCUACGCCCAACACAGCACCCUCAAGGCCAACAUGGGAGCAGCAGUGAACAGCGGAGGAAACUCACAGGGAGGGGUCUACCUCUACCUGUUCGACCACCGAGCGUCCAACCUGGCCUGGCCGGAGUGGAUGGGGGUGAUCCACGGCUACGAGAUUGAGUUUGUCUUUGGCCUGCCACUGGAGAAGAGACUCAACUACACCUUAGAGGAGGAGAAACUGAGCCAGCGCAUUAUGAGAUACUGGGCCAACUUUGCACGAACUGGAAAUCCCAAUGUGAACCACGACGGGCAGGUAGACAGCAAGAAGCGCUGGCCUCUGUUCACAGUCAGCGAGCAGAAACACGUGGGACUCAACACUGAAUCAAUGAAGGUCCACAAAGGUCUGAGGAACCAGAUGUGCGCUUUCUGGAACCGCUUCCUGCCACGCCUCCUUAACAUCACUGACAACAUAGACGAGGCGGAGCGUCAGUGGAAGGUGGAGUUCCACCGCUGGUCCUCCUACAUGAUGCACUGGAAGAGUCAGUUUGACCACUACAGCAAGCAGGAGCGCUGCACUGACCUCUAAGAGCCUCAGCUGAGAGAUGAGAGAAUGACGGGGAGGGGGAGGCAGAGAGAGAACAAGCUGUGGCCAUUUUCCUCCAUAGCCCCUCCAUGAAGUCUAACUUCAUUCAAACUUUUUAUUUUGUUUUCUGUUUCAGUCCACACACAGGCACAGGCACUGUUUAUCUUUAUUUGUGUUAUUUAUACUAUUUAUUUAUAUGUUGUUCUUUUUCUGAAUUUGUGUGUGUCUCUGUGGAAAUGAAGGGCUAUGGAGGGAUGAUGUCAUCGAUAGGAAGGAAUAUUAGAAAUGUGUCAUUACCUCGGGUGUGUGUGUGCGUGCGUGCAUAUGUGUGUAUGUGUUUAACUCAGAUCUCAACAGGCCCAUGACACUGCACCGCUGCUGGUUUACCGUUGACACACAUGUCUUUUUGUUGAUCUCAUUAACGCAUCUUUUGUUUUCUGGACGAUUCCUUCUUUCCAGCAUAUCAGGUUUUGGUUUCUUUUGGGACUUUUUCUGUCGAGGCCUUUUUAGUCUUGUUCUUGUUUAUUACUAUUAUGACCACUAUUCCCAUUACCUGUGGUGUUCUGCUUCACUUUGUCUUGUGUAUUUAUCAUGGUGUAAAGCCAUAAGCUGGUUACAUCCAGCUGUUUCUGUGUGGAAAGGCUCCAUGGAAACAUUAGACUCCCUACAUUUAUCUCUGUAUCGGGGAAAACCACUUUAUGCUAGUUUGUUGUUCACAUGAAGGUUUGUAAGUUAUCUCCUUCCAGCCGUACUUUAGAUGGUGUUUGACUAACAGCCCAACUGAUUUGUGCCUCAUUUACAUUUCAAAAGUUCACUUUAAAUCAGCUUGACAGUUGAACAGAAACAGAAACAAGUCAUGUUUAUGUUCAUGGCCCUCCUCAGCUUUCCCUCUGUCAGCAUUUUAGUACCAUACCUGUCUUAUUUGCAUAUCAGUAGAGUGGAGGGGGUGAGCAGAGUAACUGAAAAUGUCUACUAAUAAUGUUUUGAAAAAUCAAUCGGUCAAAAUGUGAUCAAAUUUAGCUGCAAAUGCAUCACAAAUGCUAAGGCAGCUCCACCCUCGAGUUUAAAGUGAGGCAGUGUAACUUGCUGAAAGGCGGCCACUGUUGUCUCAAGGGAUUACUGCGGGAUAAUCAUAAUGGAGUGUACAGAAGUAAAGCCCUCUGAGGCAAAUGUGUGAUUUGAUAUAAAUUGAAUUGAAUCGAACUGAACUUCCCAAACCUUUCCCAAACCUUUGUUCAAUAAUGUACCUCCUUUGGAAUUUCUGGUAGAAAGAAACUGCAUUUGAUGCGAGGGUUGACAGUUCAUGGCAGUUCACUAUAGCAUUGAAAAUAGGUACAUUGAAUAUAAAAUGUGAUUUAUCAUUUAGACUUUCAUUUACAUUUUUUAUUAUUUAACCUUUUAUUAAUAUACUUGUUUUAGAAAUGAUGCAUGACUGAUAUGUUUUUUAUUCAUAUUUUUUUUUAUCUCACGUACCCCCUGCAGUACUAGAAAGUACCCCUAGGGGUACUAGAACCCCCAUUUGAGAAACACUUUCUAAAGCUGAAGUUAUAGUUUGCGUGUCCGCAGACACAAGGGUCUGUACAUUUUGUCAUCAGAGGGCGUACGGGCAGGCAGUGUGCAGACGUCUGCGUAGCUACAAUUUGUUGUGCUGCAAGUGCUAGCGUUGCAAUCUACUUAGCAUGUGUGGAACACGUACUCCAUGCGGACACUAAAAACAAAACUACUACACAUCCGUGGUGUCCGCACUUAAGCUUUAGAAGAUUAAUAAUGGAUUAUCAAAAUAGUUGCCAUUGCAUUGUUUGUCAUUCAUCAUUGCAGCUGUACUUUUAAAUCUGCUUACAUUAGUGUGUAGAAUUGAGCAAGGGUUUGUUUUACCUCUCAUUUGUAAGUGGAAGAUUAUCUAUUUACUUUUUUCAAAAGUAAGUCUCACUGUAAAGCCACAUUUUUAGGUUUUUAAAAUGUCUGGCCUCGGUGCAAUUGGAUGGUAGUUUUCAGAGAGCACAGAAUUGAUACCUCCAUUACAUGAAUGAGCCCACUGUUAUGUAAAAAUAUACAUUUUUUAAUACUAUUUCAUUGUUAAUGAUUCCAGGCUUAGUAUACAUUUGUUUUUCAUUUUAAAAUAUUCUUAAAUUACUGUAAGAGUUAAUCAGUUGCUAGAGGGAGGAAAGUUACAAAACGAUUCUAUGUGUGUAUCUUUCUAUCAAGAUGAUUCAAUACAUGUCUCGAUACAUCGUCUGCAAUAUGAUACAAAAACGAUACAGUUAACCAUGUAACAAUUCAAUACAGUCCGAUAUAGCACCACAAGAUGAGUGUUAUUUCACUGUAUCCACUGACAAUGACCAUAAACUAGACGAUGCUGACACCAUAGACUGUUGACACCAUCUGUACCCAGCUAGCUGCUAUAUUAGUGUAGCAGUGGGACACUCAGCAGUCUAAGCUAGCAAAUGCAAAUUUCUUAGCAAUUACUAACGUUUAGCCAACGAGCCAAAGAAGCUAGCCAAAACUCUUGUACUGCUGCUGAAUGUCGCUUAGCCUCCCAAAUACCAAACUGCCCAAAACAUUUUAAUCCCAUUUGUUUAUUGGGACUCCUCAUAGCUUGUUAGCUAGCUAGCUCCCCGAUAGCAUCUCCCCUCUCGUGCCCACACACAGACACCUCACUCUCUCAGAUAAGACGUCAAAAGCUGCUCGAGUGGAGCUAUUUCUGACUGCAUUGGUUCGCGUCAAUAAUUGCUUCUUCUCAAAAUUCAUGUCAAACGCACAGGUUUGUGUCGACGUAGCUAUAUGUAAGUAUUGUAUUGAUUUUCUUACGCAUAUCGGUUUCAACACUUCAGGAUACCUUGAAUCCUAGCAAGCUUCUCUUCAGACUCAUUCUUCCUUCAAAAAGUGAACCCUUUAAACAUACAUGAAAAUGUUUUUGUGUGCGUCUUUCGAUCCAAACUGUUUUGGUGAGAUGUAAGAAGCGUGAGCAGGGCCGUAGCUAACAUUGAGGUCACUGAGGCCAUGUAAUCAGUAAAGGAGGGGGGUGUGGACCCGUGGUGGCAGUCCCUCUAAAAUCUUGGCCACAGCCCUGUUCAGGAACCAUUACUAUACUCAAUAACUGCACUGAAUCGUGUGUGUGUGUGUGUGUGUGUGUGCUGUCUUUGCGAGGUGUGUGUCCUCCCCUCAGUGUCGUGUGCAGCUGUGAUGUAUUUCAUUAACAUCUACUCUCCAUCAUUACAGUCCUCACUGCUUUAUCUCUAUGCCGUUUACCUUUACACUUCUUUUUCUCUUUUUGUCCUUCUGUCUCCCUCCCUUUCUUAUUUCACCUCACAUCUUCCCUCUUCCUCCCCUUCAUUUUAUUUUUUUCGACCAACUGCCCACCACUCUCCCCUCCUUCCCCAUCCUCCAUCUCCUCUGUUUCCCCCCGCAUCUGUUCCUCUCCCUCCAUCAUCGCCGUGCUGCCCUGCUUUCCGCCCUCUCGGUCUCCCUCCUUUUUCAUCUUCAUCUUCUAAUAAACCUCCACCACCCACCCGUCUUUCCUACUCUCUUGCUUUCAUCCUUCACUCCCUCCUCCCCAUCUCCACUUUCCCAUCCUUUCUUUAUACCCCCUCUCAUAUCUCUCUCCUUCCAGCUCAUCAAACUUUUUCUCCUCUCCAUCAUCUCUUUCCUCCGUUCCUCGUCCAUCACCCAGUCGCAUCACUCUUCCCCCGUCCUCCCCGCCCGACCUCGUUUCUCUCCCCUUCCCUGCCCCCCCUGCCCCCAUCUCUCUCAGUCCUCCCGCUUUCUUGUUAGUCUAAUGGAGGCAGAGUAAUUCACUCAGCGGCAGGAUAAUGUGACAGGGCGCUUGGUCAGCCUCUGGCCUGCCAGCCAAACAGGACACAAUGGAUGGAUGGAUGGAUGGAUGGAUGGAUGGAUGGAUGGAGGUGGAAAGGUACAGAGAUGAGGCAAGGAGAAAGGGACAGAGGAGGGGAGGAGAGAAGGAGAGGCGGAGAUGUGAUGGAAAGAGGAAAAGACAGUCGGAGAAACACAUCAUUACAUAACGUCUCUCCUUAGAAAGAGCUGCGUGUGUGCGAGUUUCAGUUUACACAUCUGGCACUGAUAUUGAAUUAUUGUGUGCAAUUAAGAGUUUAAAACUUCACACUCAAAAUGACACAAACUCCCUUCAUUACCUACUGAUUUAUUAAUGAGCUAUAACAUAUUAUUCCUCACCAAGGAUUUUAUCACCCCCAGCCUAAAAUCUAAUCAUUUGAUUAAACGUGAUGUUGGAAGAUGACUUUAUGGCGUAAGCAGCGCGGUUUACUUUACCCAAGUUUACCCAAAACAUUUUUUUAGACUUAUUUAUUUCCACUGUGAAACGUUUCGUUUUUUGCUUAACUCGACUACAAUGAAAGCUUUUUUUAACAGCAUUCAAAUUUGCAAAAAAGAAAACUGGUUUAGCUGAUUUUGUUUGGAGAGCCCAGAAAGUCCUGAAACAUGUUUUUUUAUGUACAUUAGAUUACUAAGUACUUACAAGUUCCAUAUAUGUACACGUUAUUAUCCUGUUUGCACAAGAUCCACAUGUUGCAUGCAUAAAUAUAUUAUAUUGUGAGACGAACAAGAUGUAUACUUCAUAGGUUAUGAUUGGCUAUAGAUCUGGAUCUUGUGUGCACAGAAUAAUAACUUGUGUAGUAAACCAUCUUGAUGCCGCAAGAUAAUAACCGCGCAAGAGUUCCACAUGUUGUGUGCACGUAUUGUUUGUGGGAUCAAAACAAAUUAUCCUCAGGCUACCAUCUAUUGCAUUCAAAUAAAAAAAUAUAUUAUCUUUCAGAACUUUUGGGACUCUCUCAUUUCAAAAAUCACUCAUUUGCUGAAUGGGACUUUUGACUUUGGCUGCCUUCUCACUCCACUUGAGUGUGCAUCAUUUGUCUGUCUAUCACUUUUAAAAUCACUGUGUGGGUGUGGGUGUCAUGUACUCACUGUACCUGUCUGUCAACCUCUUGCCAUUUUUCUUUACUAACACUAGGAGGGAACUGAAUCAGCGCUCUGAUUGGCUGAUGGCUGUCCCGGCUAACUGUCUCUGUCGGCAUGUCAAGCUCCUAUUUAUGGAUCGGAGUAGAGUAGUCUAGCUUUAAAAGAACUAACUAUGAAUAAAGGAUUGUACCUGAUGUCUAAAAUACCAGUGGAGAAUGCAUGUGUGAGUGACAGCUCCUCCAGCUCCUCUCAUCCAAUGGGAGACCCCGCUUAAGCCCUCCUUCCCUUGCCUUCCUAUCAGAUCCCUGUGCAUGUCCUGAAGUCCACCUGUCCCCAGUAUACCCUUCCAAACUUGGACUGUUAUUUUCUGUAAAAAUUUGUACUUUUGAACAAAACUAUUAUCAAAGUCACUUAAUAUAUAUCUAAUGUUAGGUACGUUUUAAUGUUAGCAAUAACGUAAAUACAUCAGUAAAGGAAUAUAUUUGAUAUUUAAAUGCAGUGAAAAUAUAACGUGAUAAAACAACAAUGAUGACGGAUAGAGGUUGUGUUUUAAAAGCAAUAUUAUUCUGAGUGUAAACUAAAAAUGAGUGCCAUAAAUCUUCUUUUCUUGUGUUCGUUCCGUUCGUUUGACUUUAUUUUUUCCGGCCCUCUGCCUCAUCGUUGUUUGUUCCGGUCACUAGUACUGUAAGUGUUGAAGGCUUCUGUAGCUUCCCAGUAUGUCUCUGUGUAUCAUGAAUGCUGAAUUGGUUAAGCUAUAGCAACAGAAAUAAAA